UGAAAAAGCACGCGAUAUUUCCUGUGCAUUUGGUGAAGACAAGCAAGCAGGAAGAUGUAUUCAUGCUUUGUCUUUUUACUUUUGGUGGCAGCUGUUACAGCUUUUAAGUCGAAAACAUGUGGAGGUGAUUACGCAGAGCUUAGAAUCAAUGAUAUCAGCGAUCCCUUGAUUCUACGAGAAGGUCAGACUGUACAUGCAGAUUUCAGAGUUGACAUCAGAAAAGUUUUCCCAACAUCUGUUCGCGCCAAAAUUACACUAAAGAGAAAAGUUUGGUUUGCCUGGGUACCAGUCCCCUGUUUUAGCGGAGUUGGUUCAUGCACUCACACUGUCACAUGUGACAUGAUUAACAAAAUGCAAGCACAAAAUGGUGGAGAUAUCCAAUAUCCAUGUCCAUCUCAACCGCGCGUCGUCAGCAGGAAAAUAAGUUAUCAAUUGCCGAAAAUACCAGGAGCAGUAUCGACAUUUGGCGGGGGUGAUUAUUUCGUCCGUGUUGAAAUCCAAAGUAUGAAUGGUCACAAGUUGGCUUGUGCUGAGGGAAACAUUAGAGUUAAAACUUAAAAAUAUAUUAUAUAUGUAAAAUAGAAAAAAAUAUCUUUUUUCUUGCUGAAUAAUUUGUUUCCUGAGGCUUGAA